CCCCUCACCGCACGUGAUCUACAAGGCGCUCUCCUGGAAGCGCUCGCUUGGGGAUCCCGGCGCCCUGCCGCGUGCACGCGCUCAUGCUCGUUCCCGGGGCCUUCGGCCGAAGCCAGGCGGCGGCUACGCGCGCGCCGUUGACCCGUCCCCGUCCCCGCCCCCGCCCCCAGGCGCGCGGGCUCCCGGGCUCCGCCACCAUGUGCUCGUUGGCGCCGGGCGCUGUUGGUGGCCGGGGCGCCGUGGAGGAGGAGGAUGACCUGCCGGAACUGUCGGACAGCGGGGACGACGCCGCUUGGGAGGACGACGACGAGGCCGACCCGCCCCACGACGGGCAGCAGACCCCCUGCCUGUUCUGUAACAGGUUAUUCACAUCUGCUGAAGAGACAUUUUCACACUGUAAGUCAGAGCAUCAAUUUAAUAUUGAUAGCAUGGUCCAUAAACAUGGACUUGAAUUUUAUGGAUACAUUAAACUAAUAAAUUUUAUUAGACUUAAGCAUCCUACAGUUGAGUAUAUGAAUUCCAUAUACAACCCAGUGCCUUGGGAGAAAGAAGAGUAUUUGAAGCCGGUGUUAGAAGAUGACCUUUUACUUCAGUUUGAUGUAGAAGAUCUUUAUGAACCAGUGUCAGUCCCAUUCUCAUACCCCAAUGGGCUCAGUGAAAAUACUUCUGUUGUUGAAAGAUUGAAGCAUAUGGAAGCCAGGGCACUGUCUGCUGAAGCUGCGUUAGCCGGAGCACGCGAGGAGCUGCAGAGAAUGAGACAAUUUGCUCAGGAUUUUGUGAUGAAUGCAGAUGUCAGAACCUGCUCGUCAUCUACUGCCAUUGCAGACCUGCAGGAGGAUGAGGAUGGCGUUUAUUUCAGCUCAUACGGGCAUUAUGGGAUACAUGAAGAGAUGCUGAAGGACAAAGUACGGACAGAAAGCUACAGAGAUUUCAUAUACCAAAACCCACAUAUCUUCAAAGACAAGGUAGUUUUGGAUGUUGGGUGUGGAACUGGAAUUCUCUCUAUGUUUGCUGCUAAAGCUGGGGCAAGAAAAGUUCUUGGAGUUGAUCAGUCCGAAAUACUUUACCAGGCAAUGGACAUCAUAAGACUAAACAAACUUGAAGAUACUAUUGUACUAAUUAAAGGAAAGAUUGAAGAAGUUCAUCUUCCUGUAGAAAAAGUGGACGUUAUUGUAUCUGAGUGGAUGGGAUAUUUUCUUCUUUUUGAAUCUAUGUUAGAUUCUGUCCUUUAUGCAAAGAACAAGUACUUGGCAAAAGGAGGAUCAGUCUACCCUGACAUUUGCACUAUCAGCCUCGUAGCAGUGAGCGAUGUGAGUAGACAUGCAGAUAGAAUUGCUUUCUGGGACGAUGUCUAUGGCUUCAACAUGUCCUGCAUGAAGAAAGCAGUUAUUCCAGAAGCAGUCGUGGAAGUUUUAGAUCCAAAGACUCUUAUCUCAGACUCUUGUGGUAUAAAGCAUAUAGAUUGCCAUACAACAUCUAUCUCAGAUUUGGAGUUUUCUUCAGAUUUUUCCCUGAAAAUCACAAAGACAUCCAUGUGCACGGCAAUUGCUGGCUACUUUGAUAUAUAUUUUGAGAAGAAUUGCCACAAGAGGGUCGUGUUCUCUACGGGACCCCAGAGUACCAAAACACACUGGAAACAAACAGUAUUUCUACUAGAAAAGCCAUUUUCAGUAAAAGCAGGUGACUCUUUAAAGGGGAAAGUCACAGUUCACAAGAAUAAGAAAGAUCCUCGUUCUCUCAUCGUGACCCUCACCGUGAACAGUUCCACACAGACUUACGGUCUCCAGUGAGAAAGCUGUGCCAGCACAGCUGCUUGCAGCACUAGUGGGGUGGGAGGGGAGCAGGUUUUCCUGGAGCCCCUGGGCGGAGGGCCCUGUGCUGAGUGUCCUCAGUAAGGAGCACAGGAGGCGACGGCUGCCCUGCAGGUGCAGACAGCCUAACUGAUCCUCGCAGUCCGCAGUAGCGUUUCCAGGUGGCUGUGCAGCUGGGGUUCACCAGCCGCAGCCCUCUGCUGAGUUUAGCUGUCUCGAAAAUCGUGUACUUGGCCUACACUCGGAGCAGUGAUAGUCUUCUUGUCCUUAGUAAGUUUCUUAACUGUAAGUAUUAAACAGUAAUAAUUGAUUAGUUUUUAAAUGUUUUUGUUAAACUAGUAACAGGAAGUAGGUUUUACUGCGAAUUUCCUCUCAGGAGGGAUAGUUUGUAGUUGUAUUGCUGGAAUACCAAGAUGUUACAGCUUAGAGUGACAGAUAAGGGACUGAAAGCAGGCAUCAGCCUUCUCCUGUCCUUUACACCUGCAGUUCCCAUUUUGUAGAUCCCUCUCUGAAUACUCUUUAGCCACAGACCUCUAGUACUGCCCAGGAACCUAAUUUUAAUGUAUUUAUCCUGUGUUUCAUACAGAUUUUUAAAGAAUGGGAUAAAUGUAUACUUAUUUACUAAUAUAUUACUUUUUUCAAACUAGAUUAUGUGCAAAAGUUAAACAUCCAAUAUACUUGCAUCACUCUACAGAUUGUGUCGUUUGCAAUCAUUGAUUCGGUUUGGAUCAGAAUGAAAAAUAGUUCCACAUAAUUAAGGCCUUUUGUGAGAUGAGAUGGGAUGUGUGUGAGACCGUCUGACAGGAGCGGCGGGCAUGCGCAGCAGCAGCCACUGGUUCCUCGUCGGGACAGCGCAGACCGGGCGGCUUAGCGUGGUGCUGAGCAGCUCGGGGCGCAGUGCGGGGCUGCAACCCUGAGCCUCACUACUGUGGCGUGACCCUUCCGUGAAUGUGCUGGUCCGUGUUGCUCCAUCCCACCUGCUUAGGUCAGUGCCCGCACACCGCAGUGCUCAGUAAGUGUCAGGGGACGAUGUCAUGUCAUUGUGCACUCGAGGGCUCCUCCUGAAGAUCGCAUGGCACCCACAUUUGAUAAGUUUGACAGUCAUCAGGUAGUAAUUGCCACCCUAAUACGAAAACAAGAAAGAGCUGGCUGUGGUGGUGUGCACCUGUAAUCUCAGCGUGUGGGAGGCUGAGGCAGGAAGUCACCUCGAGCGAGGCCAGCCUGGGCUACACAGUGAGUUCAAGGCUUGUCUGAACUACAUAGUGGGACUGUCAGAAAAUAGCAGGCAAGGUUACAGUAGAAUAUUAAAAUGGCAAAGUCUGAAUCAAAAAGAAAUUGUCUUUGUUUUUGUUAGAAAAAGACUUAGCGGAAGUCCAGAAAAAUAACCCUUUCACAUGAUGGUAUCAGGACCUUAUGUAGACUUUAGCUUUGCUGCAUAAGCGUGAUUUGUUUUCAUUGGUUUAAAACAGCCAGUUUGUUUUCAGCAGAAUUUGAAUCCAGACCAUUACUGAAAAUGCGUGGUGCUAGUAAUACAGUUUCAAAUUCCUUGAGAUGGGAUCUCACCGUGUUGCCCAGGCUGUCCUCGAGCUCCUGGACUUGAGCAGACCCUCUUGCCUCAGCCUCCCAAGUACCCGGGACUACAGGCGACUACCACCACACUUCUCAUUAAAAGUUCUUUAAAUUUUGUCCUAAAUGACUUCCUGUACAAAAAUGAAUAGGUUAAGAUGAUAAAUAAGGAGGCCCACAAGAAGAUGUCAUGGAUUUUUUAAGUGACCAAAAACCAAAUAGGGGUUGGGGGUGGUUGUAAAUGAAUAAAGACUAUUUCUUACUAUUUGAAAAA